AUGGAAGAAAUGGGUAACUCGUUUAGAACGACUGUUAACAGCGAUGAACAUUACAGAUAAGAAACAAAGAAAAGCACUCAUGCUACACUUUGCUGGCCCAGAAGUCGACGAAAUUUUUGACACGCUCUAAUACCCCGAAGGCGAAGCCGACACAGACUAUGAAGCUGCCGUAGGAAAACUCACUGAAUACUUCGCUCCACAAACGAAUAUCGCGUACGAAGUCUAUAAUUUUAGACAAGCAAGACAAAAUCAAGGAGAAUCACUCGAUAGUUAUCACGUUAGACUUCGUCAACUCGCUAAGACUUGCGAUUUUACGGACAUAGACAAAGAGAUGAAAGAACACAUUAUUCUUAGCUGCACUUCGAACACGCUGCGUAGGCGAGCACUUCAGGAUGAAUACAGCUUGGAUAAGUUAUUAAAAGUUGGAAGAUCGUUAGAAAUCAGCGAAAGUCAAGCAAGACAUCUCGAAGGAAGAGAUCAAGCAAUAAAUUCGGUGCGUGGCAGAAACAGAAGCUAUCAAAUGAGACGAAAUUAUUUAUCGCGUGAGGAUAAACCACCCACUCAUUUUAGCAAGAAGAAUAUUCAUACUUCUAAACAAAGUAAAGAGCCACAUCAAACCUGUAGAAAUUGCGGUGGACAUUUUCCCCAUAAACAAGUUUGUCCAGCGAAGGAUAAAGAUUGUAGAGCAUGCGGAAAACGUGGACAUUUUGCACGCGUAUGUCGUACGAAUCCACCGAAAUCGAAACCUGUGAAUGCUGUCGCACAAUCCCUUGAUAAGAACCGACCAAACGAUGACGAAGCUGACGAGUACGAAUAUGUCUAUACGGUUAACAAGUCACCAAAUGGCCCACCUACCUGUCUAAUUGAAAUAGAAGGACAACGACUCAACAUAAUGAUCGAUACUGGAGCAUCGGUCAACCUGAUAGAUGAAACAACCUACAGGAAAAUAAAUCGACAUGGAGAACGAAGAUUGGAAAAGGCAGAGCGUCACAUCUACUCCUAUGGUUCAUCAGUACCCCUACCAGUACUCGGGACGUUUAUCACUACGAUCAAAACACCAGAUAUGUCAACAGUUGCCAAGCUACAUGUCGUUAAAGGAAGUUUUGGAAAUCUACUUAGCUUUGUCACAGCCAAGAAAUUGAAUCUCCUUCAAGUAUCUGUGAAUGCAGUCGAUGUUCCAUACCCUGAAUGUCUACGACAAGACUACAAGUGUUUGUUUGGAGGAAUUGGGAAAGUAAAAGGACGGUUAAUUAAAUUGCAUAUAGAUCCCCAAGUGAAACCGAAACAACAACCUCAUCGUAGAAUACCUUUCCACGUACGAAAAGAUGUAGAGAAAGAACUUGAACGGUUAGAGAAGUUAGAUAUAAUAGAGAAAGUGGAUGGUCCCACUCCCUGGGUAAGUCCUAUCGUCGUCGUGCCAAAAGAUUCGGGAGAAGUGAGAAUUUGCGUUGAUAUGCGUGAAGCUAAUCAGGUGGUGAAAAGAGAGAAGCAUCUGAUGCCUACUGUGGACGAUCUCAGCCGUGAUAAAGGCAAUUGAAACCGAUAACUGGUCAACCCCCGAAGUUCAGGAGUACACGAAGAUCAAACAAGAAUUAAUAGUUCAUAAAGGUACAAUCCUGAGGGGAAAUCGCCUUGUGAUACCACCAACGCUGAGAAAUAAAGCUGUGGAUCUAGCACACAUUGGGCAUCAAGGUGUCAUGAAAACAAAAAGAUUGUUAAGGGAGAAAGUCUGGUUUCCUGGCAUAGACAAGCUUACAGAAGAGAAGAUAAGAAAUUGUCAUCCUUGCCAAGUUUCAACGCCCGAAAGCUCAAAACGCUCAGAACCUCUGAAGAUGACCCCAUUGCCCAGUGGUCCUUGGAAAGAAGUGUGCAUCGAUUUUGCCGGACCUUAUCCUUCGGGCGAAUAUAUCAUGGUGGUUAUCGAUGAAUACAGUCGUUUUCCAGAGGUUGAAAUCUUGACUUCCACAUCAGCUAGAACAGUGAUACCGAAGUUGGACGCAAUCUUUUCCAGACAAGGAAUUCCUGACGUCUUAAAAAGCGACAAUGGUCCUCCGUUUACUAGUCUCGAAUUCAAGAAAUUCGCAGAGCAUCUGGGUUUCCAACAUCGUCGGAUUACACCAUGUUGGCCAAAAGCUAACGGGGAAGCUGAGCGCUUUAUGAGAACUCUCGGAAAGUCCAUACGCACUGCUACUGUUGAAGCGAGGAAUUGGAAACAAGAUCUGUACAAAUUCCUUCGGCAAUACCGUGCUACACCCCACUCCACCACAAACAUCUCACCAUGUGAAGCCCUCAACCAGAGGAAACUCAAGACGACCUUACCUGAACCAGACCUCCCAAGAGUUAUUAUGAUGAUAUACAAAGAAAGAUGGAAAGAAGAGACGCUGAACAGAAGUCGAAGCAGAAGUUGUAUGCUGACAACAAAUCACGUGCAAGAGAAAGUUCGCUUAGCCCUGGAAUGGUAGUCUUGGUGAAGCAACCUAAGCAAAACAAGUUGAGUACGCCAUUUGACCCAAACCCAUUUGUGGUGAAAGAGAAGAAAGGGACUAUGGUGACAGCUAGUAAUGAUCUCAAGACCGUGACGCGAAACUCAUCCCAGUUUAAAGUUAUCCCACCAGAGCUGAAUUCUGAAAGAAACCAAGAAAAGCAAGGAAACGAAGCACAAACUGAGACUCCACCAUCUGUAGCUAAUCCCAAUCAAGAUGAAAUAACCGAAUCGUUAAGAAGAUCAAAUCGACAAAGAAGACAACCCGCAAGAUUCACGGACUAUGUCACAACCAUCAAUUAA